AUGCGUGAAAUAGACCCGCUGGUUUUUGAAUACCAGCAUGAUAAACACCGCCCAAGGGAAUCGGAAGCUUUGUUGAUGCUCCGAAAAGUCGCCUCGUUGGUCAAACCAAUUAUGCGUCGCAGGGACUGGAAAGUAGGGACGCUCUGUGAAUUUUAUCCACAGGAGCGGAACCUUCUGGGUCUCAAUGUUAAUGGAGGCCAGAAGAUAUGCCUUCGGCUGCGCCAUGCCUCUGAUCAGCGACAGUUUCUCCCGAUUGAGCACAUAGUUGACACGAUGUUACAUGAGCUUUGCCAUAUCGUCCAUGGUCCUCAUCACCAGCAAUUUCAUGCUCUCUGGAACCAGCUACGUGACGAGCAUGAAGAUCUCGCCUUCAAGGGCUACACCGGGGAGGGGUUCCUUUCAGAAGGUAAACGACUAGGAGGUCGCCGGAUGCCCGUGGAUGAAGCCCGGCGGCAAGCCAGAGCAGCCGCAGAACAAAGACGGACCCUAUCAGCCGGAUCUGGGCAACGACUAGGUGGCGCUCCGGUACAGCGCGGGGCCGACAUGCGCCGGAUAAUUGCCGAGGCCGCACAACAUCGCAUAGAUGUGACAAAAGGCUGCGCUUCGGGAGCUGAGAACAGCACGGAGCUAGCGGAAGAAGCAUCUAGAAACGGAUUCCGCACCAAAGCCGCAGAAGACGACGCAAAUGAACGGGCAAUUAUGCAGGCCUAUAUUGAACUAAUCGAGCAAGAAGAGCGGGAAAGAUAUGGGCCUUCAUACAUUCCGCCCAGCCAGGAGAACCCGGCGGGGUCUCGGUCAACUCCAUCUCCUCCACUUAUCCCCCAAGAUACGAAACCUCCCACUCAAUCACAGCCACAAGCCUCCGUUGAUAUCACUUACGAUGACGAUUUGUACGAACAACCGUGGUCAUGUCCCACUUGCACGUUGGAGAACCCGGCGAAUUUCCUAUGCUGUGACGCUUGUGCUGCAGAGCGACCGCGACCAUCGAACAGUAGGUCGAUAUUGGGGCCAGCUACAAUGAACCCUGUGACUUCGAGUAACCGCAAGAAAAAACGCCCUAUGAACCAUUCCGCCAGUCUAACUACGUUCAAGAACCGUAACAGUGCUGUGGAGACGCUCGCCGCACUGGAUCGGAAUACGCCCAAGCGGCCACUGGGAUGGGUCUGCGAGUUCUGCAGCACCUUCAUGGAGACACAGUGGUGGACAUGCUCGAAUUGCGGCACUAUGAAAUCAGCAUCGUAG